AUUUCCCUUUUAGCUGCUUUGGUUUGCUCCAAUCAAUCGCCGUCUUGCUCCUCCGUCCACAACACAACACAACAGGGCAGCGUCUCCUGUAUAAAUAAGCUCCCCAGCCACAACUACCAGCUCAAACCUCCAUCCAUCCAUACACCAAUCAGCUCAACCCACUUCUCCCCUUUCUUCCAUCUCAUCUUCCUCUGCAGCUCAGCCGACCCAUCUAGCGAGCGUUUGUUCCUUCCGUCCAUCCAUUUUCUUCUUCUUCUACCGAAGCCGAGCCCAGCCCCAGCGCCGUCGGAAAGAUGAAGAGCAGGAGGCAGAGUGGCGGCGGCGCAGUAGCUGCCGUCGACGGGAACACCAGCAGCGGCUGCGGCGGUGGCGGGGGAGGCUGCAGCAAGAUGGAGAGGAAGGACGUGGAGAAGAACCGGAGGCUGCACAUGAAGGGACUCUGCCUCAAGCUCUCCUCCCUCGUCCCAGCCACAUCCACGCACCACAUCCGCCAUUACCAGAGCUCCAACGCAUCGUCACAGUGCAACAAUAACAACAAGGACGCGAUCACGCAGCUGGACCAGCUGGACAGUGCGGCGGCCUACAUCAAGCAGCUCAAGGGCCGGAUCGACGAGCUCAAGCGGCGCAAGCAGGGCGGCGGCGGCUGCUCCCCGUCCGCCUCCGGCAAUAAGGCGUCGUCAACGACGACGACCGCGACGGCGUCGCUGCCGGUGAUCGAGGUGCGGCACCAGGACUCGACGCUGGAUGUGGCGCUGGUGAGCGAGGCCGGGAAGCCGUUCAAGCUGCACGAGGUCAUCUCCGUGCUGGAGCAGGAGGGCGCUGAGGUCGUCAGCGCCAGCUUCUCCGUCGUCGGCGACAAGAUCUUCUACACGCUGCACUCCCAGGCGCUCUGCCCCAGGAUCGGCCUCGAGGCCGACAGGGUCACGCACAGGCUCCACGGCCUCGCCGCCGCUGCCUCCGCCGCCGCCGCCGUCUACACGGCAUGAGCUAGCUGGACCUCUUCGUUUUUCUUCUUUUUUCAUGGCGACCAACCUACUCAUCGAGAGAGACACGUCGGAGGGGAAGCUGGUUAAUUAAUUAAUUUGCAGUUUUGCGUAUGUAUGAGUUAGCUUGCUGCAGAUUAAUUUAGUUUUUUCGUCAAACAGGGCAGAAAUGUCCCAUGCGAUGUUUUUUUUUUUCAGCUUGAACCCUCCUGGCUCUCUUGGAUGAUUAGUUGGCUAGUUGCCUCCUCUGCUUGUAAGCUUCAGGUCUACCUAUCUGAAGUCUAGUGUAGCUAUGUAAUUCUGAGGUCCUCUUUUUUUCCUUCAGGAAAUCUGAAUUUUCCAGAGUGUCUUAGUUUCUAGUAUUCCAAAAAUAGAUGAUCGAAUAAAUGAAUUAUCUUGAAUGCUUUGAAGACAUCCAAA